AUGGUAGACGUUCUGGCCCAUGAAUCAGAAUUACUUGGACUAGUGAAAGAGUAUUUAGAUUUUGCUGAAUUUGAAGACACCUUGAAAACAUUUUUGAAAGAAUGCAAAAUAAAAGGAAAACCAUUAUCUAAAUCUACAUGUGGCUCUUUAAGGGACCCCAAAUCAUUGAAAUUCCAGAGGGAUCUCCUUGCCGCGUUUGACAGUGGAGACCAGAAGGUGUUCUUCAGGCUGUGGGAGGAGCACAUCCCCAGGCCCAUCCGGGAUGGCGACUCUCUGGCCCAGAAGCUGGAGUUCUACCUUCACAUCCACUUUGCCAUCUACCUUCUGAAGCACUCCGCAGGCAGACCUGACAAAGAGGACCUGGAUGAAAGGAUUUCUUAUUUCAAAACCUACCUGGAGACCAAAGGGGCGGCCCUGAGCCAGACCACGGAGUUCCUGCCUUUCUACGCCUUGCCUUUUGUUCCCAACCCCAUGGUGCACCCCUCAUUUAAAGAACUCUUCCAGGAUUCUUGGACUCCAGAAUUAAAGUUGAAAUUGGAAAAGUUUCUGGCUUUAAUGUUCAAAGCCAGUAACACGCCAAAGCUUUUAACAUUGUAUAAGGAGAAUGGACAAAGCAACAAAGACAUGUUGCAGCAGCUCCACCAGCAGCUGGUAGAAGCUGAGCGGAGGUCCAUGACGUACCUGAAACGGUACAACAGGAUCCAGGCCGACUACCACAACCUCAUCGGAGUCACGGCAGAGCUGGUGGAUUCUCUGGAGGCCACAGUCAGUGGCAAGAUGAUCACUCCCGAGUACCUGCAGAGCGUCUGUGUCCGCCUCUUCAGCAACCAGAUGCGGCAGAGCCUGGCGCGCAGCGUGGACUUCACAAGGCCCGGCACGGCUUCAACCAUGUUAAGAGCCUCCUUGGCACCCGUGAAAUUGAAGGAUGUCCCAUUACUGCCCUCCUUGGAUUAUGAGAAACUGAAGAAGGAUUUGAUUUUGGGGAGUGACCGCUUGAAAGCCUUCUUGUUGCAGGCUCUACGCUGGCGCUUGACCGCAUCGCACCCCGGAGAGCAGAGGGAGACCGUCCUGCAGGCCUACAUCAGCAACGACCUGUUGGACUGUCACAGCCACAGCCAGAGGAGCGUGCUUCAGCUGCUGCAAUCCAAGAGUGAGGUGGUACGGCAGUACACAGCCAGGCUCAUCAACGCUUUCGCGUCCCUAGCAGAAGGUCGCCGCUACCUUGCCCAGAGCACGAAGGUGCUGCGGAUGCUGGAGGAAAGGCUGAAGGAGGAAGACAAGGAUGUCGUCACCCGGGAGAAUGUUCUCGGGGCCCUGCAGAAGUUCAGCCUCAGGCGCCCACUGCAGACAGCAAUGAUUCAAGAUGGCCUCAUCUUCUGGCUGAUUGACAUCCUGAAGGAGCCCGACUGCCUGUCUGACUACACGCUCGAAUACUCAGUGGCCCUGCUCAUGAACCUCUGCCUCAGAAGCGCAGGGAAGAAUAUGUGUGCCAAGGUGGCGGGCCUGGUGCUGAAAGUCCUUUCGGAUCUGCUCGGCCAUGAAAACCAGGAGAUACAGCCAUAUGUGAACGGAGCUCUGUACAGCAUCCUUUCCAUCCCAUCCAUUCGUGAGGAAGCUAGAGCAAUGGGAAUGGAAGACAUCCUUCGCUGCUUCAUCAAAGAGGGCAAUGCUGAAAUGAUCCGCCAGAUCGAGUUUAUCAUCAAGCAGCUCAAUUCAGAAGAGCUGCUGGAUGGUGUUCUUGAAUCUGAUGAUGAUGAAGAUGAAGAUGAUGAAGAGGACCAUGACACUAUGGAAGCUGAUCUGGACAAGGACGAACUGAUCCAACCCCAGCUUGGAGAGCUCUCGGGGGAGAAGCUUCUGACCACGGAGUACUUGGGAAUCAUGACCAACACGGGGAAGGCGAGGCGGAAGGGGACGGCUGGCGUGCAGUGGGGUGGCCCGGAGCCCCUGCGCCGGCCUGUCACCCCCAGCGGCCACAGGACGGGGUACCCAGCGCUGGAAGAUCAUCCCAGUUCCCCACAGAUGGCCCAGCAUGCCAGAAAUGGCUGCCUCCCGUCCCUGCCAAACAUCCACGCUCCAGUCUGCAGGGGGGGCAAACCUGCUGCUCCUGAGCCUUGCCCUUCCUUUUCAUCCACCACCGACGACAAGCCGGGAGAGUGGUCGCCAGCAGGACGUCAGGGAGAGCCUCGUCUGCCCCCAGCAGGGGCCCCAAGCCAGCCUCGAGAGGGGCCCCGGACCCCGGAAAGUGGAGACACCACCAGGGGAUUCACAUCAAGCUUUGCCUGCAAGCCCCGGGCCCCCCGCACCCCGGAGAUGCUGGAGAUGAACCCACCCAAGGUCAAGGCGUCAGCUCUGGGCCCUCAGUUCUCCUCGUGUGGCCCCCAGGAGGCCGGCCGGCCCAGCUCCAUGACACCUUCCACAAGGAGUCUGCAGAGCAGCCCGUCUUCCAGAAAGUGAGGAUGGGUUCUUCCCCGAGGUCACCAUCCCUUUGCCCAGUGACCAGCCUGCUUCCUGCUCUCGGC